UCAAAGACCACACAGCCAGUGUCAACUCAUCAAGUCGUACAAAGAAAGUGCAAGAAUGCUGGAAAACAAGCCCUAACAUUGCGAUCAAUUACGUCGGUAGGAAGAGAAAAAGAAAANAAAAUUUCAACCAGAAGCAAAAACCAAGAAAUGGGAAAGAAUUCAAUGCGCUUCGGAAUUCAAGACUUGGUAAACAGGAAUCGCUGCCACCGUCACGCCCACAGACCAGGCGUAACAGAGCAAGAAGCUGUCAGAUCGAGAGCAUUAAGGACGCUGUACGCGAGCACACCCAACCACACGUGGAAGUUGAAGUGAAUGGGCGUCCCUUGAAUCUUCUACUUGUUACUGGCGCUAUGAUUACACUGAUAUCAGAAUCGAGUUGGAAGCAACUCGGAAGACCGCAGCUACAGAAAUUCGACCCGAUCGUCAAUGCUGAAAACGGAACAAGGAUCCCCACAAAGUAUACAUCCUUGUCAACUUCGUGCUUAGAAGCUCAGAUGGAAGGCAGCACCGUGGAGCCGAAAAACUCGACAUUUCGACUGGGAAUGGAUUCAGAAGAUUGGAACUAG